UAGAGUAGAUGAAAAUCCUUUAAAGUUUAGUGUAAAGUCCAAAAUAAUUGAUCAGGAAAUAUUAUAUUCACCAUUUAUUAGUGGAUAAUAAUAUUUUCAAUUAAACAAAUAUUCUUACCAACUUUACCGAGAAAAGAGAUCUUGAAAGUUUUUUCAUUAAACAAUGUAUUGCAUGCGUUGGUUUAUUCCUUUAUUAUUACUUCCAUUUCCUAAUGCUCCACCAUUUUUUGUUCUGAUCUUCCUAGUAUCAUAUUUCCUACAUCAGAGACCAUGCGUGUAUUGUACAAUAUUACUUCUCGCAUUAUUUUCUAGUACAUGUUAUUGGGGUCAAGGACGUUGUUGGCUGGACACGAAUCAUGGACAUUUUCUUGAACCAAGAACGAUUCAUUCUUUAACGUCUUCAUCUAAUGAGAUGGCUAGUGGAAAUUUAUUAAAUAAAUCUGGAAUGACAGCUUAAUCAUAACAAAUCAUCACUAGCAUAUUAGUAUUAUACUUCGCAAU